AUGCGCAGAGCUCCCAACUUUGCCAGUGCCAUCCUGGGCACAUGGGUAGCCGCCAAGCUGGGACUGGCGAGUGCAGAUCCAGUUUCCACAAGUAGGCGAGACACCGGUGUGGCCAGCUCCAUUCUAUCAAGCGCCAGGGAACAAGUCAAACCAAAGGAUGCCGAGGAAUUUGUCUUCAAAGAUAUCGAUGCCUUGUUGUUGCCAGGAGAAGGAACAAUGUUGCUUGGAACAAGUUCCAGUGGCAAAACCACCCUUAUGAGGACCAUUCAAGAUGUGAUUGGUGGGACUGCCAAGAACCGCUUGAAAGGUUCCAUUAGCAUGGGAAAGCUCCAUAUCCCAGCAGCUGAAGCUGCCACUACCGUAAAGGACAAGAAUUAUGGACGCAUGACAGCAUUUGUUGAUCAGGGUGACUUAUCCCUCACACCCAUUAUGACUGUCGAAGAAACCAUUCGCUUUGCCCGUCUCUGUGCCGAGGGCAAACAUGACUUCAUUGAUGAAUCCAUUUUGGAAUUUCUCAAACUUUUGGGAUUGGAUCAUGUCAAGGAUACCGUCGUGGGAAACUCUGAUAUUAGAGGGGUCAGCAGUGGACAGAAAAGGAGGGUCAAAGUAUUAGAGAUGGCCGUGGGGGCGGAUGUAACAUGUUUGCUGAUUGAUGAGCCACCAAAUGGACUCGAUGCGGCAAGUGCACUGUCACUGUGCCAGGUGUUGGGGACCAGUCUACGAACCUCACGUACAACUGCCAUGGUCAGUCUUUUACAGCCUUCCACAGAAGUCUUUGACCAGUUCCAACGACUCGACUCGUUUGCCGUGUUGCCCUACUUUGAAAACACAUUAGGACUGAUCAAACCAAAUGAAAUGAAUGUUCCUGAGUUCUUGCUACGGUGCAUCUAUGCUCCUCAAGAAUUUCAAGAAGGCGAAGUUCCGAAGAUUCCAUUGGUAUCUGCAGAGGACUUUGCAAAAGCCUUUCAACAAUCACAUGCUGGCAAAGACUUGGAAGAGGAAAUAAAGGCUAUCAAGGAAAACGUGGCAGCAUCCGAUGGCAUGACACUGCCUGAAUUGAACGAAUGGGCGAUAUCAACAGUUCAACAAAUCCUUCUCUUGGCGAGCCGAGGUUGGCAACUGGUGAUGCACAAUCCCCUCUCCAUUAUGCGCAUAAUCUUGGCUGUCUUCUUGGAACCUUCAUUGGAACCUUGUUUCUCAAUACAAGUGACGAUGCUCAAGGCACAUUUGUGA